UUCACACUUCACACUUCACACUCACAGUACAAGAGGCGGGGAAAUUGUAGCUUUAAGAGCCCUAGGAGAGAGAAACAGAGAGAGAGAGGGAGAGAGAGAAUGGGGUAUACAGAUCAAGUGCACCACGAAGCAACGGACGGUUUGCUGAAGCUAUUGACGAAAGCUAAUCACGAUCUGACGCUGGUUCAACAGAGGCUCGAGAAGGAGUUCCAACAAGUCUACCCCGACAAUGCGAAUCCAAUGAAGCUGGUUUCAAGAAUCAAGAAGAUUCAGGAAGAUUUGUCGGCUUUGAAAGAGCAGUGCCACGAGCUUCUCUCUGCGAAACAGGGUUUGAUUGAUGGGGCGCGAACGCUUCUUGUUGGAAACAGAAGCUUGCUUCAGCGGAUGCAAUCAUCCAUGGAAGUUCCUUUAACUGAUGAUGCUGGUGACUCUGCUUUUGAUUACUUCAACCAGAUUAUUGAUGAGUGGACAGGUCAAGUCAGAUCAGGAACAGGAGAUGAGAGCAAUUCAAAUCCGGAGGACGUUAACAAAUUACUCUUCUCAGCUAUAGUUCAGAGCAACUGACAAGAAAGAUUGAUUGGGCCAUCUUUACAUACUGGCUUGCAAGAAGUUGUUUGCCUAUACCAAUGUAAUUAUAAUCAUUUGUAUGUAUUUCUGUUGGAAGUAUUUUCUGGUAAAAGAAUUACAAGUUCAACGUUAUGGACCUACAUAUGCCAAUGCCAUUAGUCUUUUUGUGCAUUUGACGUGUAUCUGUUAAAAGUUCUGUUUCUGUUUAAGAUGUUGGUAAAAAUAUCUCUUAUAACUCAUAACUACUGUAUGUGAGGAAGGAAAUUUGAAUCUCAAGAUUUGCCAAAGUAUU